CCGGGUGGUUUCGCUGUCUGUACAUCGGCGCCCUCUUAUCAGGGGUGCGCGUCCAAGCUUGGGGCGCGGGCCGCCCACCCGAGAGCUUCAGUCUGGAGGAACCUUCGCUUUUCGGAACAGCAUCAGAAACGCUAAGGCACUUGCUCCCCAAGCAUGCCCCAGCGAGUUAGGAGCCUAGAACCUGGUUUUCGAUCGGGAAAACUGAAGCCCAGAAAAAUUAAUGAGGGUAAGGACAGAGAUUGAGUGGUACUGGGCAGAAUCAGAACUUGGGUUCACAAUUACAGCCCGGAAAUACGCUGUAGGGCUUCGGGAUUCUUUGGGCAAGAAAAGUCGUCCAGAAACCUCGAGGCCUCAUGAGGACAGCUCAGAGAACCGUCCAGAGUGAAGGAGGACCUGCUUGCUUCCUGAGUCCCUUCAGGGAAAACCCUGUGUGGAGAAAGUCUGGCCUGUAUCUUGCCUCUGUAGUUUAGGACUGAAAAUUUUCAAAAUAAAACACUAGGAGGAAGAGGGUACUGAGGACACAGAGGCCCACAAGUGUUCAGAAAGUGAUUGCAGCCCAACCUGGAUCUCUCCCGUGCUCUGACUAUGCUCCCAGCUCUGAGGACAAUUGACACCGCUAUCUGGAGGUUCUCAGACAACUUGGAUGAGUCCACCUCUUCCAACAGGAUGGGUGACAAGAGCCAGCCUGCUCCUGAGCUAGCCUCAGCUCUUCUGUACAGUGACUUUCACCUCAGUGGAGAUCACCUACCACGUUUCAGAUAAAGCAGGAAAAGAUAUUGAUUAUCAUCUUGCCUCUCCAGGAAUGAAAACCUCAGUUUAUGAACAGAGAAAAUCAGGUAGAGUACGCAUGGUGGACACUAAGGUUUACCUUCCAGAGGCUGACAAUGCUCUCUCGCCAGAGGAAACAGCCAUGGAGCAAGUCUGCCAGCCCGAAGAGAUGAAAUGCCUUAAAGGCACCCACUUAAACCAAAGCCCAGGCAAGUCCUGUGACCCCUUGGCUCUUAAGGAAGCGCUGGUGUGUGCCUCCCAGUUGGAGGAAGAGGAACAAAAUGAAGAAGAGAGGGAGGAGGAGCUGGACCCAGACUUAGCCCCUGACCUGGAGGAGGAAGAGGAGGAGGAAGAGAAUGAUCUCGGGGAUCCAGCUGUCCUGAGCGCUGUCCGUAACAUCCAGAAAGGUCUUCUCAGCUCCCCUGGAAUCAAGGCCCCUGGUGUGCUGGGGAUGUCGCCUGCUUCCUUGCACUUUCUGUGGCAGACCCUGGACUACCUGGCACCACUUCCUUUCCGGCCUGCCUUUCCCAGCACCAGCACUGCAGCCCCGCACUUCGGACCUCGACUGCCCUCGCCAGACCCAUCUGUCCUCUGCAGCCCGUCGACCUCGUGGCCCAUUAGGCUCAGUCAUCUGACCCAGCUCCACCCUCAGCACCAGCGGAUCUUGAAGCAACAGCAGCAGCAUGGUCGACCACCAAGUCCCCCAGCCAAGAAGCCUUGGUCUCAGCAGCCAGACCCCUGUGCUAACCUCAUGACCCGAAAAGAGAAGGACUGGGUGGUAAAAGUGCAGAUGGUUCAGCUGCAGAGUGAGAACCCCCGCCUGGAUGACUAUUACUACCAGGAAUAUUAUCAGAAACUAGAGAAGAAGCAGGCAGAUGAAGAGCUGCUUGGGCGAAGGAGCAGGUUUGAGUCUUUCAAGCUGGUCACACCUUACAUUCAGAAGGCGGAGGCUUAUGAGUCAGUGGUUCGAAUCGAGGGUUCCCUGGGCCAGGUAGCUGUAUCAACGUGUUUUAGCCCUCGCCGAGCUAUUGAUGCUGUGCCCCAUGGAACUCAAGAGCAGGAGACAGGAGCUGCAAGCAGUCAGAGGCUUCAGGUGUUGUACCGGAUUGAGAAGCUGUUCCUUCAGUUACUAGAGAUAGAGGAGGGCCAGAAGGAUGGGCCCGCACAGCCCUGUGAGCAGCAGAGCAACCAGCUUGAGAAGCUCUUCCAGGCCUUAAAGACCCAGGAACAGAAUAAUCUGGAGGAGGCAGCGGAUGGCUUCCUGCAGGUGCUCUCUGUGAGGAAGGGAAAGGCCCUAGUGGCCCGGCUGCUCCCCCUUCUGCCCCGAGAUCGAACUGUCAGCCUUCUUCUGGCCAUCACCCGCCAUCUGCCCCUCCUUGUCAAGAGGGAUGUGGCUGAUCAGGCCCUGCAAACGUUAUUCGAACCUCUGGGCAAAUGUAUCAGCCGCUUGACCUUCCAUGAACUCCUCCAAGGACUUCAGGGACUCAUGCUGCAACCACCCGGCUACUCAGAGCGGCCAGUCACUGUGGUGCUGCAGAAUCAGUUUGGAAUAUCUUUGCUCUAUGCCCUGCUAAGUCAUGGGGAACAGCUGAUAUCCCUGGAUUCUUCCCUAGAGGAACCCAGCAGUGACCACACAGCUUGGACAGACAUGGUAGUUCUCACUGCCUGGGAGAUAGCUCAGAUGCCCACAGCCUCUCUGGCAGAACCCCUGGCCUUCCCCAGCAACCUUCUUCCUCUGUUCUGUCACCAUGUGGACAAACAAUUGGUACAGCAGCUGGAGGCUAGGAUGGAGUUUGCCUUGAUCUACUGAUCAGGUUGUUCCGGAAUACGUAUAUGUGGGAAGAGUUUAACGAUCAGACAUUAGUUGUGUAUGGGUUUUGCCUAAAGCGAUCCAGAGAGUCUGAAGACAGUUGUAUGCCUUGAUAUAUUGGUGAACCCUGCCCAAAACCUUUUCUUAUGCUUCAAAAACUAUGAACUAUGUGCCUAAAAAGGCAUGGCAAAAUGAGGUAUAAUUAAAAAGAUAAUAGAAUGAAGCGUGGCAGUUUGUUUGUAAGUUAAGAAAACGGCUUUCAUUAUAUCUCCUAUGUGUGAAGCUUCAAGUGUCCUUAAUGUAAGGGACAAGUCCUUGUUAUGUCUAACAAUAGACCUUGGAAACUGUUCCACUGUUGCCAUUUUUUAUAAGUAGCCCUAGCUGAGCUAAGAGUGUUUUAUAUAAAUAUUUCCUUUGAGA